CAGUACGACAACUACAAAUCAAAACCCCUCUCUUUUCAACUUUCAAAACCUGCAAACAAACCCUUUUUCAUUCUCACUCACAGCCGCCUCUACCAUUUCUCUCUGCAACUUCUUCUUCCGAUGGCCGCCACCACUUUCACUUCUCACCAAACUCAAACCCACUUCCUCUCCAAGCUUCCCACCUUCUCCAAACGCAAAACCAAACCCAUCUUCACCAAAGUUCGCAUGUCCCUCAACGACUCCGGUCCCUCCUUGGCCGUCGUCGGUGUUACCGGCGCCGUCGGCCAAGAGUUCCUCUCCGUCCUCUCCGACCGUGACUUCCCUUACCGCUCCAUCAAAAUGUUAGCUUCCAAGCGCUCUGCCGGAAAGCAGCUAACUUUCCAGGACCAAACGUAUACAAUUGAAGAACUGAAAGAAGAGAGCUUUGAUGGUGUUGAUAUUGCGCUGUUUAGUGCUGGUGGGUUGAUUAGUAAAGAAUUUGGACCCAUUGCGGUGAAGAAAGGAAGCAUUGUGGUGGAUAAUAGUUCGGCUUUUAGAAUGGAUCAAAAUGUGCCCCUAGUGAUUCCUGAAGUUAACCCUGAAGCUGUGAGUGGUAUUAAGGUUAAGAAUGGGAAAGGUGCGUUGAUUGCUAACCCCAAUUGUUCUACUAUCAUUUGUUUGAUGGCUGCUACACCUCUUCAUCGCCAUGCCAAGGUAAAACGAAUGGUGGUUAGUACUUAUCAAGCGGCUAGUGGUGCUGGUGCUGCAGCUAUGGAAGAGCUUGAGUUGCAAACUCGUGAGGUAUUGGAAGGAAAGCCUCCAACUUGUAAUAUAUUUAAACAACAGUAUGCUUUUAAUUUGUUCUCACACAAUGCACCUGUUCUUGAAAAUGGGUACAAUGAAGAGGAAAUGAAAUUGGUAAAAGAGACCAGGAAAAUCUGGAAUGACAUGGAUGUUAGAGUGACGGCCACAUGCAUACGAGUUCCUGUCAUGCGUGCGCAUGCCGAGAGUGUGAAUCUUCAAUUUGAGAAGCCCCUUGAUGAGGACACAGCUAAGGAAAUUUUAAAGAAUGCACGAGUAGUUGUUAUUGAUGAACGGGCAUCCAAUCACUUUCCUACGCCAUUGGAGGUGUCAAACAAAGAUGAUGUUGCAGUUGGCAGGAUUCGUCGUGAUGUUUCUCAAGAUGGGAAUAUUGGGUUGGAUAUCUUUGUCUGCGGUGAUCAAAUUCGCAAAGGAGCUGCACUUAAUGCUGUUCAGAUUGCUGAGUUGUUACUAUAGUCGACCUUCAAGUUCUGAAGUUUCAUCUAAUAGAUUGCUCGAGUGGUGAGAUGAAAUCAUUAUGAGCUAUUAUAAUCUAGUUGGUAGAUGCGGAUGUUUUUGAUGCAGUGAAACAUGCAAGCGCAGGAUAUUUUUGCAUAUGCUGUGCUUAUUAUCUGUAUUCAAUCCUUCCAUUUGGUGGAAAUAUUGUUAAAAUAAUCUUGUUAACUUGGGAGAGCCGUAGCUAGAUGGAGGCGAAGUAAUGUAUUAUUGCUUGUGUCAACCUUUCCUGUUAAGUGCCAUAUUGUAUUCA